AUGGACAGCGACGCUUGGCUAGUACAUGAUCUCGACGAUACACCGAUUGACCCAACGUUACAAAGUGUCACAGUUCAGUACCUGGACCCCUUCGACUUUGCACUCGCUGGGGAAGCCACACUCGAAGACGAUUCGAUGAAUCUACCGACCGAACACUUCCUCCUUCCGACGAUGGAUCUUUCCACGGGCCAGUCCAUUCCAACACUCACGGAAGACGAACGACCUACAAUCGAUUCUACCGAGCCACUCCACGGACGUGGUUGCUUUUCACUCAUGCGCCAAGAGACAAUGCAGGAGUUGUCAGACCUGAAUAUGCAGCUGUCCCGACAAUUGGGGGCCGCAACCUCUACAGGGGCCGGGUCAAGGAACAUCCACUCGGGUUUGGGUCUGACAGCUUUGGCUACACCACCAGAGGAGAACCGUACUCUCUGCGAUACUGUCAUCUCUAUGACGCAAAGCCUUCAAACCUACCACAGGCUGCUCGUCGACAUCGUCGGACCCAAUCACUCGGCUAUCUACGACUCACACGACAAUCGCAAGUCUAGCACUGUAGCCAGUAGUUGGCUGAGUCCAAUCGAAGGAUUGGACGUUGAUGAGUCAAGAAGCUACAUAAUUGGCCGUUUACUGGGCUACCCGAAUGAUCGCGAGGCCGGCUCAGAUGGCGAUGGAUGCGAGAGCGAUACUCGCGACAGUGUUAUCCCCCGGCACCUCCUCGAGCUGAUGCUGAAAAGUGAAGGAUGCGGAAAUGGCUCGGCAGAUAGAGCAGGGACCAAGGCGCUGAAGGAGGAGAUUCGCAGACUACAUGAGCUUGUGUACAAGCCAGUGUAA